GUUAUGAAAAUUUUGCAAGCCGAUACACAAUACCUUUGUAUUAAUUUUUUUAUAAAGUUUUGCGAAUUAGUCAUAAUAUGGAUAGAAAUAACCCUUAGUUACAACGUUGAAUACAUUUCCACUGAUUCCCGUGAUUUGUGGACUUUCGUAUGAACUUUUUAGUGUGUAAAUUGCGAUAGAAAGUUUUGGCCGUGAUAUUUUGUUAUUCUUUUAUCGCACCGCUAUCGUUUCGUUAAAUGAGAAUGUUUAGGUGCCCUAUUUAAAGGUUAUUAGCAUAUUGAGUGGGCAGAUUUAUCGUUCAAUGACCUGAUGAUGGAUUGGUGAGACUGACGUUUUUUUUUUGGAGAAGACUGACCAGACCUCAUCAUGGCACUUGUCAGCGAAGGCACAGAAAUGGUGGAUCAGAACAAAGAGGCGUCCUCCGAGGUGGUGGCUGUUCGUGUGCCAAUAAAUGGCAUGACAUGUCAGUCUUGCGUGCGCAGUAUAGAGGGCUCCGUGUCAGAGAUACCAGGAGUGGAGCACGUUAAGGUGGAGUUAUCAGAGAAUGCCGGCUACUUCAGAUAUGACCCUCGCCUGUGCACGGUGGACGUUAUCCGCUCUCACAUAGAGGAUAUGGGGUUUGACGCGCCGCUGGACCAAGAAGACGAGACUAAACAAUUGCUACCGAAUGAGAUACCCACAGACCUACUUAUAGACAUGUCUGGUGGGGAGACGGAGGUGCUGAUGUCUGUGGAGGGGAUGACUUGUCAGUCGUGUGUCAACACUGUUGAAGGGGCUCUGAACUCGCUCCCGGGCGUGAUGCGGGCUGCAGUGGAUCUCCCCCGGGGCAGCGCUCGCGUGAUCUGCUCGCGCGACAUGUCGCCGCAACAUGUUGCCGACGCGGUGAACGCUCUGGGGUUCCAAGCGAGAGUUGAAUCCAAUUCCUUAGUUACAGACACCUCGUCUCCGAGUAGGAGUGACCAAGGAUCAGGUGACGGCAUCAAACCACCUUCUCCUGCCAAGAGUAAAACUCAGGCCAAUGGCGUGACACCUACUCCAGAAUCGGAGCCUCUGUCGCGGUGUACGCUCGGAGUGAAAGGGAUGACAUGCGCGUCGUGCGUCGCCGCUAUAGAGAAACACUGCAACAAAUUGUAUGGGGUACACUCGAUAAAUAUUGCGUUACUAGCCGCCAAAGCGGAUGUGACGUAUUGCCCGCGCAAGAUAUCAGCGGCGGAUGUGGCCAGGAGUAUCACGGAGCUGGGCUUCCCCAGUGACGUCAUCAGCGAGGAUGAUGGAGGGGAGAAGGAGCUGGUGGUGAAGAUAACAGGAAUGACUUGCGCUUCGUGCGUCAACAAAAUCGAGAAGAGUCUGCUCAAACUGAGCGGGGUGACGUCCUGUUCUGUCGCAUUGCUCACGGCGAGAGGCAAAAUAAAAUACGACCCGGAUGUGAUCGGCGCGCGCACUAUAUGCGAGUGCAUCAACAGUCUCGGGUUCGAAGCUCGCGUACUCAACACCAACAGGCCGGCCAACGACUAUCUGGAGCACAGGGAGGAAAUAAGAAAAUGGCGGAACACGUUUUUUAUAUCGCUCAUAUUCGGCGGGCCGUGCAUGAUUGCCAUGGUGUACUUCAUGAGCCGCAUGUCCGAGCACCACAGCGCCAAGGACAUGUGCUGCGUGGUGCCGGGUUUGAGUGCAGAGAACCUGGUCAUGUUCCUGUUGUCCACGCCCGUUCAGUUCAUUGGCGGUUGGCACUUCUACAGGCAGGCUUACAAAGCUUUAAGACACGGCACAGCUAAUAUGGACGUAUUGAUCGCAAUGACCACCACCAUCAGUUACGGCUACUCCCUGGCCGUGGUGAUAGCGUCGAUGGCCAUGUUACAAGACACGAGUCCAAUGACGUUCUUCGACACCCCGCCCAUGUUGCUGGUCUUCGUGUCUUUGGGCAGGUGGCUGGAGCAUAUCGCUAAGGGCAAGACAUCCGAAGCCCUGUCCAAACUUCUGUCCCUGAAACCCACGGAAGCUGUUCUGGUGAACAUGGACGGUGCCCAGAACGUUGUCAGCGAGGAGAGCAUACCGGUCGACCUCGUCGAGCGUGGGGACGUGCUCAAGGUGGUGCCCGGCGCUAAGAUCCCCGUGGACGGCCGCGUUAUAUCCGGUCAGAGCACGUGUGACGAGUCCCUCAUCACUGGCGAGUCGAUGCCCGUGCCCAAGACUAAAGAUUCCCUAGUAAUAGGCGGUAGUAUAAACCAACAUGGCGCUUUGCUAGUGAGAGCCACGCACACGGGCGAAGCGAGCACUCUCGCGCAGAUCGUGAGGCUGGUGGAGGCGGCGCAGAGCAGCAAAGCGCCGGUGCAGAGGCUGGCCGACACCAUUGCUGGGUACUUCGUGCCGUUAGUGGUGUUCCUGUCUCUGCUCACUCUCGUGUGUUGGAUCAUCACCGGCGCCAUCAAUGAGGACAUCAUCAUGCAAAUCACUCCGGAAAUAUUCCGCAACGCUGGCUACUCCAAAUGGGAAUUGAUUGUCCAAACUGCAUUCCACUUCGCUCUCUCCGUGCUGGCUAUAGCGUGCCCGUGCGCACUGGGGCUGGCCACGCCCACCGCCGUCAUGGUGGCCAGCGGCGUGGGCGCCGAGCUGGGGCUCCUCAUCAAGGGGGCGGAGCCCCUGGAGAACGCCCACAAGGUUAAAACUGUGAUAUUCGACAAGACCGGCACCAUAACGUGGGGCCGCACCGGCGUGGCCAAGUGCUCGCUGCUGACGGGCGCGCCCGCCGCGCUGCCGCACGUGCUGCACGCGCUGCGCGCCGCCGAGACGCGCUCCGAGCACCCCGUGGCCGAGGCGAUAGUAAGAUGGUGCACAUCUGUGCUCGGCGAGAACAACGCCAAUUCGUACCAAUGCUCCGACUUCAUCGCCGUGCCGGGCUGCGGGCUCCGGGCCAGACUCAAGUGUACCUCCCAGGCGAGGUUGGAGCACCACGCUGGUUUAGCGAACGCUAUAAAUCAGGCCAGGCCGGGCGCCACUAUAUACCUGUCGGGAGUGCCGGUGGAGGCGGUGGCGGGCGCGGGCGACGCGGCGCUGAGCUCUGCGCAGGCGGCGGCGCGCCUCGGCUCGCUCAUACUGCCCGAGGGGGAGCAGGACGCGGAACAAGUGGUCCUGAUCGGGAACCGGGAGUGGAUGAGUCGUAACGGGAUCACGGUGCCCCCCCGGGUCCAGGAAGCGCUGCGGCAGGACGAGGAGCUGGGCAGGACCGCUGUCAUAGCCGCCAUUAACGACGAACUGGUCUGCACUCUCGGCAUCUCGGACGUGGUGAAGCCCGAGGCUCACCUGGCGGUGUACUGCCUCAGGAGGAUGGGGCUCCAGGUGUGCCUGCUGACGGGCGACAACAGGCAGACGGCCGUGGCUAUAGCGAGACAGGUGGGCAUAAAUAAAGUGUACGCCGAAGUGCUGCCCUCGCACAAGGUGGCCAAAAUACAGAAACUGCAGGAACAGGGGCAGAAAGUUGCUAUGGUCGGCGACGGCGUAAACGACUCCCCUGCGCUGGCGCAAGCGGACGUCGGUAUCGCUAUCGCGAGCGGAACCGACGUGGCGGUGGAAGCUGCCGACCUGGUCCUCAUGAGGAACGACCUGCUGGACGUGGUGGCGUGUCUAGAAUUGUCCAGGACGACCGUGCGCCGCGUCAGGCUCAACUUCUUGUUCGCGUCCGUUUACAAUCUGCUGGGAAUCCCCCUCGCUAGCGGCGCGUUCGCCAUUUUUGGACUUCAAUUACAGCCAUGGAUGGCGUCUGCUGCGAUGGCGAUGAGUUCAGUGUCAGUCGUUUGUUCAAGUUUGUUGUUGAAAACCUUCAAAAAGCCGACAGCAGAGGAACUUCGCACCCCGGAAUAUCUGCAAUCCAUACAUCUGGAGAGACUCGACAGUAUAUCAGUUCACCGAGGGCUGGACGAGAGGAUACCUGUGUCUGAGAACGCUUCCCCGCUCGCCAAAUUAUUCCAUCGAAACAAGCCUAACGACGCGUGUUUGCUGCAAGACGAAGACGACCUUAUAAACGUGUCGUUCAUACCGAAGAGACCGCUGAGAAACGCGCCCAGCAUUAACGGAUAAGAGUUAAUAAAUUAUAGUAUAACUUAAUAUGCUCAUUAUUUUUUAACAGCCUUAAAAAAUAAGGUGUUUCUCGGUGUGUUCGCUUUUCGGGAAAGUGUUUAUUUAGGACAAGGUUUGUUUGUAAACUCUUAAUUGUACAAAUAUAAUAUGUAUAUAUAUACAUAUUAUACAUAUUGAGAUAUAUAUAUAUAUAUAUAUAUAAUAUAUAUAUAUAUCUAUAAAUACAUAACAGUUCUUAGAAUUUAAACAUAUGUCAAAUAUGUAAUGUAAAGUUUUAGAAAUUUAAUCGAUUUGAAAAAAGCAGGAUAUAUCGAUUGACGGCCUCUGUGGCGCAGCGGUAGUGCGGUUGUCUGUGUCACCGGAGGUCCCGGGUUCGAAUCCCGGCCAGGGCAUGAUGAGAAACGAACUUUUUCUGAUUGGCCUGUGUCUUGGAUGUUUAUCUAUAUAAGUAUUUAUUAUAAAAUAUAUUACCGUUGAGUUAGUAUCUCGUAACACAAGUCUCGAACUUACUUCGAGGCUAACUCAAUCUGUGUAAUUUGUCCCGUAUAUACAUAUAUAUAUAUAUAUAUAUAUUAUAACUUAAUACGCUCAUUAUUUUUAACAGCUUUCAAAAAUAAGGUGUUUCUCGGUUUGACGUGUAUGUUUGUCCGCGAUUAUCUCGCGUUUCGCUGAACCGAUUUCGAUACGCUUUUCGGGAAAGUGUUUGUUAUAUUUAGGACAAGGUUUGUUUGUAAACUGUUUAAUGUACAAAAAUAUAUAUAUAAAUUAUCACACAGUUCUUAGAACUAAAUCAUAUGUACAUUAUGUAUACAUGCAGGAUAUAUCGAUUGGAGGCGGUUUUCUAGUAACAAAAGUUUUAAACAAUAAAUAAAUAAAUGUAUUUUCGGCGUUGUCGUUUUUAUAAUUUUAUUGAGUAUCUUUGAUUAUGUCUAAAAAAGUUAUGAGAAAUAACGAUUGUCUUGAAAAAUUAUGAGAAAUAACGAUUAUGUCUUGAAAAAUUAUGAGAAAUGACUGUUAUGUCUUGAAAAAUUAUGAGAAAUAACGAUUAGGUCUUGAAAAUUAUGAGAAAUGACGAUUAUGUCUUGAAAAAU